AUGCUUCUCAACCUCGCUACCCUCGCUACCUUGAGCACCCUCGGCUCCGUGGUUUCUGCCGCAAACAUCUACACCUACUUCCAGCCUGGCUGCGGUGGAUGCGGUACUUUCUUCAAGGACAUUGGCCCGCAGACCUGUGCCCUGUCCUACCGCGGAACGAACAACGCUACCGAAGCCGUCGAGAAGCAGUGGACCGGGAUCCAAUCCGCCAAGCUCCAGGUCUGGUCACCCGCAAACAAGGUCUUCCAGCUCUGGAGGGCCGGCCCAGGCCUCGAUAAUGCCACCAAGCUACCGCUUCAAUGCGGAACCGAGACAGUCGCAAAGGACGUCACUUACUUUGAAACUUGCAUCGACGUACCGGGUACCGGCGCCAGCUGGUACAAGCCUAACCCUAACCAACUUAAGAGGGCGGAUCGAGGUGACCAUAAAUGCACCUCCUCACAGGAAUUCGCCGGCUGGUGGGACAGCAAGAAACAACAACACUACACCAAAGAGGGCAUGACCCAGGACGAAAAGGAUGAAAUGGACGCUAUCAUGAAAUCCGGAGGGGGCGCUCCGGACAAGUUUAACAAUUUCAAGGUUGACGCUCCAGAGGUGAAGCCGGCGAACUAG